UUUUAUGGAUCAAAUACCUAUUAUUCUAAAUUGCCCAUCAAAGAAUAAAGUUUAUAAUAUCUAAAUUACAUCAGAUGUCACUCCAUUUGAUUUAGAGUCGGAAUUCAAAGAACAAUUUUUUAGAAAUGAGGAUAAACUCAGAUUUUUUUAUAAUAACAAGCUUCUUGAUCAUAAUACUCCGUUAUUGUAGUAAAAAAUUGUUAAAGGCUCAAUCAUUAUUAUAUCAUUAAUUUUCACGGUCACAGUAAAAUAGCCUAUCCAGAAUAAAAUGUACACAAUAGAAAUUAAUGAUUUUAUGACAACAUUAGAUCUAUAUUAAACAAUGCAAGGAGUUUUGUAGGUAAGUUUUGAGGAGGUUCAUUUUUCAUUAGGAUAAGAAACAUUAAAACCUAAAAUUCCAUUGACCCAAUAGGGAGUCUUACCUAAUGUUACAAUUUUAGCUAUUAUGUAGUAAAAAGGAGGAUUGUGGAUAUGAAUUUCGUUGAAAAUAAAUUAUAUAUUAUUGGUUGACCGC